AGAUGCUGUCGCCAGCGGCGCUAGCCAACAAUUUUCAGAGCAUCUCCACAUCAAGUUGGUUUCAUCGAUCUGCUGUUAUUUUUUUUCUAACAGCACCGGUACUUAUCUUCGUUUUAACAUCGUUUCUACUUGCAAAACGACUUUCUUUACUACCAAAGUAUUAUUACUACAACAAUCAUUUGGACUUUGACUGAGAAUCCUUCUAAUCCUGUCAUACUUUUCUAUUCCAAUAUCCCGUCUUACAGAGGUACGAAACCAAAACACCUUUUGACAAUUUCUGGUUCUUUCCUAACGUUGUGGGUUGGAGGUCUGUGGCUUGUAGCGGUCCUAAACUUCCUAUACGAUAUGACAUUGUCCCGCCAAAAUCAAGCUUUCAAAAGAUCAACAAUCACUUAACUCUGCUCUCCCUGCCUUUUCCCCCUCACAAAAAAAUCACCGAUAUGCGUCACACCCGACCCCAUGAUUUCCCUGAUAAUCCGACAGAGUUACAGACAGAAUACUAAAUGUUCGAAUCAAUCAUUUCGGCCAAUUUGACAAAUCACUUAAUCAGAAUUUACACGAGAAAAUGAGAAGUUGUUAUUUGAUUUGAUUGUGACAGGAAAAGGUUUAAUCCCUCACUUCACCGGGAUACGUUGGACGUGGAAAGUAGAUGCAGACAGCUGCCUCCGCGUAUAUACGAUUUCCCGCCAAAUUUAGAGACAGAUUGUGGUUACCAUGGAUACAUCAGCCUACGCCCAUUGCAGGCUUUGGGACAAUGCAAUUCCGAGCAGCGUAUUAUCAUCAAACAACAAUGGAAACAGAGUGAAUUCUCUGACGGGGACCUCGACAGUGCAUCCUUUUAGUCGACAUCAAGCAUCGACUGGUCUACCCUCGGCCACAGAUCACAUUGUACGUUACGGUGGAGGAGGGUCUAGCUCAGGAGGAGUCACCAACGGUGUCUAUGCCUACGACGAAAGCCGGUGGAAGACUGCAGUCGCCUCAUCCUACCCCACCACUACCAACUUUCCUGGUGUUUACUGCGGAGGGUACGAGUACGACCCCCGAGAAUACAUCGGCGGGGAAAUGGUUCACGCGCCGAAGAUGAACCACGACAAUGUGAUGACGAAUGGAGGAGGGGGCAUGAAAUACUUGAAUGGACGAUGCGAUGACCUCGAUGUCAAACGCGAACCACAGCUCGAUCUCCGAGAGCAUUUCGAGUUGGAGGACGAUCCCAUGAAGCAGCAUCGAUACGGACGAAAGCGACGAUAUCGGCAGUCGGAAGGCGAGGAUGAGUGUCAGCUCGGUGACAGCAGCGAUGACGGCUCGUCGACGGGCAGCGGGAGUCUGUCGCAUAAAAUAAGGCGAAAAGGACCACAAUCUUUCGAAGAACUUCAGAAUCAACGCGUCCUCGCCAACGUACGAGAACGACAACGCACUCAAUCACUAAACGAUGCCUUCGCAAAUCUUCGUAAAAUCAUCCCGACAUUACCCUCAGAUAAACUGAGUAAAAUACAGACAUUGAAGCUUGCUUCUCGAUAUAUUGACUUUCUGUUUCAAGUUUUAAAGAGUGACGAAGAAGAUCAAAAGAUGGUGGGUAGCUGUACAUACAUGGCUCAUGAAAGACUUAGCUAUGCAUUCUCAGUAUGGAGAAUGGAAGGAGCAUGGAAUAGCAUGGCAUCACAUCGAUAAAACAAUAUUGUACAGGUCCAAAAAGUCUUUGGAUGCCAGGCUUCUCAUUGCCAGAUGAAAAUUACCUUUGAGUCGCAUCAAUCUCGGAAAACCAUGGAGCUUCCAUUCCUGAGAGUUGCUUUGGUUUAGUUAGCUAUGCCUGUUGAUUCUCCAAUCAAAAGAAACAUCAGCAUCGCUAGUUUGUAGUAAUGGCAUACGGUAGCAGCAUUUUUAACAUCAAUGGUGAAAGCCACGGAGUCAACAGCAGCAACAAAAUCG